AUGUCAUCAUUUCUAGUACUUCCGCACCCCGUUAUUCCAUCCCUGCUUGAUCAACUUGACGGUGCGCCGCAAGCGAGUAAUCAGCCGACCCGUGUAGUCGUCGCCAGAACAGCUCUAACUCCUACCCACGCCUUGAGCACCAAUUCGCAUUCAACCGCCACGUUGUCAGACUCACAAGACGAUACCGACGGACAGUCCGUGUCCGCUGGGCUGCAAACUGCCGAAAUCCACAACCAGGAACCACCGUUUGAUUCGGUCAACAAGGCAGGAGCUGGUGAUAUUGACGCCGACUGUCGCGAUACCGAAGACACCGACCACACUUGCGGGCGAUCCCCUCCGCCGCGCUACCCUUACCCAGGUUCCGAAGUUUCGGCCUCGACCUCGUUUACGCUCGUCGCUUUGCGACCCGCACCUCCACCGUUUUCUAGCAGCCACGAGUACACGUCAGCCGAAGAUCUCGCCGACGACCUCAUCCAACUCACGCCUCCUGCUUCCCAGGCUGAAACAUCGUCUGCUGCAGCUGCACCAGCAUACGCUCCCCUAGCUGCUGGCUCCUCCAACAGCCCUCUACAAGACGCCGUUGCCGAGACCAAGCGAGCUCUCCCGCAAGAUACCAAGGCCGACCCAUCGGGCCAGAAGAGCGACGAUCCUAGCGAACCGCCCCCUGCCUAUUCAGAAGGCUAUAGCCCGUUACUCUCCUUCUCCUACCUCAUGGCUGCCGCCGGUGGAGCGUCGAGUAUUAUUACUCAAGUCCAACAGGGCGGUCCGCCCAUCAAUGCUAUCGGAGAUGUUGGCGCCGACGAGACCAUUACCAUGGAUCUGCGCGGCACGAGGUUUGUCUUGUCUAGAGACGAGCUACUAACACUGCCGGAAUUCGUGCUUCUCUCACUAUUCCCCAAUGGCCUAUUCCCGGAAGGACACAUGGGCGGCUUCGCAGAUGGUGAUGCUGUUCAAGUCGAUGUCAGUUCCCAGAAUGAUACCCCCAUAACUCAAGUCGCUACCACUGCUUCCCCCUUUCCCUCUCGUUUGAAUGCAAGUCCCACAUGGACGAGCAUCCCUGCGUCAUCUACCACGCGCAAUCUCCUCUCAAAUAUCAAUAUGCAUUUCACUGACCUCACAUCCCAGUAUGACCCUGCUUCUCUACAAUACAUGCUAGACUUCUUCCGCAAUGUUGCCCAGUCCAUCCCCAGCGAGUCAUCACCUAAUUCCUCACCCGACGGCGGAGUGGUCCCAAUCGACUCUCUUGGCGGUGCUCGAGACGAUGGCAGCAAGCGCGCAGGUAUCAUCGUUCUCAGGGAAGACCUGGACUUCUACGCCAUCCCACCGCGACCUGAUAUCGGACAGGCCGAGAUGAUUGAGGUCAAGAGAGCCGCGGCAAGGGCUUUACUUAGGCAAAACGGCAUAUUUUCAGGGCUCAAGAGAAGCGAUGAACCUGGUACUACCGAGGCUCAUCUGAUUGAGAUGCUCACGGCUGGAGGUUUCAACCAUGAUGAUAGAUGGGGACACCGCGCAGGUGAACCCAACAAAGCUGUUGUGUGCAGCCUCGCUCUUGCCAGACUACGCAGCGAUAUCCGUGGCAACGACAUGGGCAACAAUGCGGUGGGGAUGGCACAGAAGCUGCUGCUGUUCUGGCGAAAGCCCGCCCGCCGUUGCUGGUGGGAAGGUGUUGAUUUGGAGAACGUGGAAGGAGUCGACGGGCCCCUGAAGGUCUGGAUUCGAAGGGUUUGGACACUCGAAAUGAGCGUCAUUGGAUUGCGCUGAAGACACAUACAUG